UGAGGGAAUGGUAAACAAGUGUCGGACGACUUCAUUGUCUUUUGAAAGAGUGAAGCAAUCGUUGACUGACUGUUGAUAUGACGGACAUCAAGAAGUUGAGGCACCGGUGCUUCUUCGACAUCACCAUUGGUGACCAAAACGUCGGACGAAUUGUUUUUGAACUCUUCAACGACGUCUGUCCGAAGACAUGCGAUAACUUCCGUUCCCUUUGCACUGGUGAGAAGGGAUUGGCGAAGACGACGGCAAAGCCAUUGCACUACAAGAAUGUGUUGUUUCAUAGAGUGGUGAAGAACUUCAUUAUACAAAGCGGCGACUUCUCAAUGGGGAAUGGCAGAGGAGGAGAGUCCAUAUUUGGCGGCACUUUCAAUGACGAGAAUUUUGAUAUAAAACACGACAAACCGUUUCUGUUAUCGAUGGCCAACAGAGGAAAGAACACAAACGGAUCUCAAUUUUUUAUAACACUCAAUACUGCCAAACAUUUGGACGGAGUUCAUGUGGUUUUCGGACACGUCUUGUCGGGACACGAAGUCAUUAACGAAAUCCAGAACCAGACCACAGAUAAAGAUGGCAAACCUGUGGUAGACGUCGUGAUCGCCAACUGCGGUGAACUCAUCCCUCAAAUUAAACCUAAAGACAAAAAGAAAAAACACAAAAAAGAAAAGUCUAAGAAAUCUGACGGAGAGUUGUCGAGUGAUGAGGACAGGGAUGGCGAACGCAAACACAAAAAGAAAAAAGAGAGUAAACAUAAGAAGAAUAAAGAGGAGACCAAAGAUGAAGAUGAUAAAAAAGAGGACGAAUUGAAUGUCGAGUGUUCUGUAAAAGCGGAAGAAAUUCCCGAAAUUCCUGAAAACAAAUUCUUGAUGCGAGACACCGAACAAACUGACGAUAAGUUAGAGAAAGAGCCCAAAGAAAGGAUUACACCUUCGGGCCGUCAAUUCAGAGGAAGGGGCGCUAAACACUACAGAACUCCGUCGCCAAACGGUGAUCACAGGCGGUCUCGCAGUGAGACCCCUCCCCGUUGGAAGAGAGAGCAGUCGAGAAUCAUCUCAUUCAAGGAAAUCGUUGCCCGAAGUAAAAGAGAUCAUGAAAAUGAUGGCUUCGGUAGGAAUUGGUCUGAAAGGCGAGACAGCUUUCGGCAGAGAAAUUAUAAUCGUAAUCGAGAUUAUGAUAAUCGACACCAAUUCGUGAGAGCCGUGAGAGACGACUCCGAUAACGAGAACUCAUAUAAUCGUCAGACGUAUGAAAGGAAGAGAGUGUUCACAGAAGAGCCACCAAUUCGUCGCUCGAGACGAAGCCCUUCACCCGAAAAAGAAAGGCAUCGAAAUACUGAUGCGUUUUAUGCCAACAGUGACUCCGAAUCGGAUAGAGAUUCCGUAAACGGCAGACAUUUUAUUAAAUCUGCGGUUAAAGUGAGUGACGAUAUUCCCAGACAUCAGAAAGAGAGACGAAAUUCGGGUGAAAUUCGUGACAAUCAACGACAUGAAAGUCAAGUCGAUUUGACAGACAUUCCGCUGCCCAACACUGACACCAAUUCUAAUAAAAGAAGUAAUGAAAAGCAUGAAAGGGAUGACAAUAAACGCAAGCGAAGUAAUUCUCGCGAAAAACUAUCCGAGAGUUCGCACAAAAAGGUGUCUCAUCGCAGAAGACAGUCAUCUGAUUCCCAUUGA